ACGCCUCUGCAGCAAAGGAGGUGCCAGACGCUGGAAAAUGACUUUCUUUAUGAACACUGGCAAAUGGCAAUUUGGCACUGCAAUGGGAAAGGGGGCUGAGUGGAUCCCUUGUCUGGUGACCACCGGCUCUAGUGACCCAGAGUCGCAAGAAAAGAAUUGUGACACGGAACAGCGGCCUACAUUUGUGUCCUCAUCCGAACCCAAUCAUGUAGAAUCUAUCAGAAUGUCUAAUGUCUCAUGUGCAAAAGAUAUGGUUUGGAUAUUGCAAGCGUAAUUUCUAGGCAGGUUAAAUACCUUUUUUGGUCCCUCUACUAUAGGAAAAAACCCUUUUUUGGUCCCUGUACCAAAAAAAUUUCCUUUUUGGUCCUUACUGUUCAUAAAUCCGACCCCUUUUU